CAGAAAGAACAGUAAAAUUACAGGCAGGGCACAGGACAAAGCACUAGGGACAAAAUGUAUGUGAAAUGCUUUGUUAAAAUUUUUGAAUUUCCCUCCGGUUCUGGCCCUCGUACGUCCCGACGCUCACAGGGAAUGGAACACGUAAGACAGACGCCGGCAUCAGCCAGAGGAGAUGGCCGGGGACGCUGCAGGGGAGACAUAGUGGGAGCGAAGGAAAAGGUAAGUGAUUGAGGGAAUCCCUGAGCAACUCUGCAGGGUAAUCCCAAGUGUAGCUCGGGGUUAUUGCUUUUGAU